CUAUACAUAACUAUUAAUAUUUUAUUAUAUUAUUAAAUCUUAUGUUUAUUGCAUAACUGUAAUAUAACUGUAGUUGGACAUUUUGUAAUCAUAUCCAAUGAAUAAAGAUCAGAGUGAGUCAGUUUUACGUUCUAAUGAUGGUCCAUAUUCCGAAGAAAUUAUUGGGCAGUACACUAUGGAAUUACCUGUAUUUAGUAAUAAAAAAAUAACCAGUACUCAGAACCAACAACGUAAAAAGAAAAAAGUUUUAAAACCAAUACGUAUGCAUACAUUGUCGGCCACCAGAAGAAGACAAUGUGUAUCAAAUUCACCAUAUCUAACUACUUAUACUAGCAAUACUGGAGUCAGAUCAAAUUCAUCAAAUGUCAAUAAUUUACUUAUUAACGACCAUAUAUUACGGAUCAAAAAAUUAGAGAAUGAAUUGAUUGAAGCACACAUGAAAACACGUGAAUUAAUUGUAGAAAACCGUUUAUUGAAAACAUUGGGAAAACGACACGAAAAUGCAUUAUCUAUGUAUGAAGGUAAACAAGCCAAGCUUCCACAGACAAUUAAAUCAUAUGAAGAGGAAAUACGCACAUUAAAAAGCCAAAUACGUCAUAUUAAAAUUUCAUUUAAAGAAAUGGAAAAUAGAUACAAGUCACAGAAUAUUGAAUUAAUAACUUUACAAAAACAGUACAAACACCUUUUAGGUUUAUCUCAAAAUAAAGAGCUCAGUAAAAAAGAAAAUCUAUCAGAUAAAUUAGAAAAAGCACAGAGUACAAUAAAAAAACAAGAUGAAAAAAUUUUGAAUAUUAUAAAAAAAUUAGAACUUCAGAAUAAAUCUCAUAGAUAUCAUAUAAAUGUAGAAAAUAAUAAAAUCAAAGAAUUACAACAUGAAGUUAAGCGUUUGGAAGAUGAAAACAAAAAUCUAAAAUCAUGUUUAGAUAAACUUAAAAAUAAAAGUUAUAGUUCGAGACAAAGUUUUACAAAAGGCAUAACUGAAGAUUCAAUAAGCAUAACAUCUCGUGUAUUGAAGCCUAUACCAACAAUACAUGAUGGACAAGGUGAUAUAAUAAAUGAAUCUUUUUACGAAACUAAUGGGUCGAUAUCCCUCAAAUCAGAAAAACUUCAUGAAGAUCAGGAAGAGAAUAGUAGAUUUUCAUUUUCAAUGAAAAACAAUAAAGAAUCAUUCAUAUCAUCAACACCAAAUAGUAUGUCUUGGAUGGACAAUGAUCAGACCAAUUCGACAAAAGAAAAUCAAUCAAAACUAUUAAAAACUGUAAAAAAUGAUAUCGAAAAUAAAACUAAAAAUACAGCUUCAAUAAAUCAAAUACCAAGAACAACCUCUAUGUCUAGAUCACAAAAAGAUAUGCUCUUAGCAAAAUUAAAUCAAGUCAGUGAGGAUGAAGACAACUAUGAAAACUAUUAUAAAUCUAAACUACUACAACAGCCAAUCAAUAAGAAAUACUCAUCGUAUGAUUCUGAUUCUGACAAUGUGAGUGAUGAAUCUUCCAACAGUAAUAGUUUGCAGGAAUAAUGGAGAAUUGACUAAAUGUUUUAC